UGAAAAUAGUGUGUGUCUCGUCUUUUUAAGGGCUGUAUACUCUCUAUAUAUGUGUACUAUAUUUCUGCAAGGUCUCAAACUUGUACCAACAUUCAACAGCUGGAUUCUAAACUUUAAAAUCAGAAAUGGAUUUUUACGUGACUAUGAUUCUCCUCUUCUUUGGAUGCAGCUUCAACUCCUGCUCUCAGUUCCCCCUGCGAGAGUACCACUAUGUCAACAUGCUAAUGAGCUGGACCGAAGCUCAGCAUUACUGCAGAGAGAAAUACACUGACCUGGCCACCAUUGAAAGCAUGGAUGACAUAAGCAGGCUAAAACCAGAUUUUUCCUAUAACUAUGCAUGGAUAGGACUGAGGGAUGACCCAAAAUCCUGGAAGGAAUCCAUGGGCAAUGACUCCAACUCCUGGAGAUGGUCAGCGACUGGUCAAACAAGCAAAACCGGUUACCACAACUGGAAUGUAGGGCAACCAAACGGUGAAUGGUCACAUGCAAACUGCGUGAGCAUGGGCACUAAUGGAAAAUGGUAUGACACGGACUGUAAUUCACUCUGGAGUUUUGUUUGUUACGAUGUUACAAACCAAACUGAGGAAACCUAUGUGUUCAUCUCGGAUGAGAAAACAUGGAAUGAUGCUCAAGCAUACUGCAGAGAACACUACACAGACCUUCCUAUGAUCGAGAACAUCGUAGAAAACAAUGAGGUCUGUUCUGCAGCAUCAGCCCUAUUUUGGACUGGUCUGUAUCGAGUGCCAUGGACUUGGUCCGACAACACCCAAAGCUCCUUCCAAGUCUGGAAACAGGGACAACCAAAUAACUAUGGUGGUAACCAGUUCUGUACAGGCGAGAAUAAUCUGCAUAAAUGGGAUGACAUCAGCUGUUUGGAGAAGUACCCUUUCAUCUGCCAUCAAGUUUUAAAAUUGAAGACCGCGGUGAGGAUGAAGAUUCAGACUGAUGCUGACAUAACCGAUCCAGCUACUAACGCCCAGAUCCUCCAGCAGCUAGGUGAAGUGCUAACAAGUCAGGGAUGGACUGACUUCAAUCUGCAAUGGAUGAUUCAGCCCACAAAACAGGAGGAAGACAAACUCACAGGACCUCAAUGCAUUCCACAUGGUUAAUAUAUUGUUGUUUGUAGACCUACUAAAUGAUAGAUGUUCUUGUGUUGUUAGUCAAGUAAUUUGUGUAUGUAAUAACACUGCAGCGAAUAGAGGAUACCAAUAUAACAUGAGAUCAUUAGAUUUUUUGAAGCAUGCUGCACAUUGAUUCAUUUUAAGGUUGUGUGUCUUAAUUGCUGAGAAUUACAUUUUUGCUCUUUGUCAUGUUAUAAGUGUUUUUUAGGGGGUUUGGAUUGACUGUGAGAUAAAGUGACCCAUAAUCAAGCUGACCUAUGAAGACUUUUUCGUUACAAAGUGAGUCUGUAUGGCACCAAUUAAAGUUGUAAACUUCAAGAUUUUAGUCCUGACUGAUUCGACAACACCUGUGAUUACCAUGGUAACAGCAA